UCAGUCAUACCGGCGUCGAGUUACGAUAGAGCAGCAUCAUUUUUUGUGGGUAAAAAUAACGUAGAAAAAGAUUAUAAAUAUCAAACGAAACAACAUCACUAGAAAAAAAUAACGGAUCGAAAUUUGAAAAUUCUGAGAUCCUUGUUUGCGCGGUGCAGUUGUCGGCAAAGAUUCUCCGGAAGUCGAAACUUCUUUAACCGUUUCAUACACGUUACCAUAAGACGAUAAACGAAAAAACCAAAAAAACCAAAAAAAAAAUGAUGUCCCUAAGAAUAACCGCCGUCUUAGCAGCGAUCGUCGUUCUCGCUUUGAUCAAUCGAUCAACGGCGUUGCCUGCGAGCGACAAGGAAAGAUUUCUCAAUGAAUUGGACCUGGUCGAUGACGACGGUAGCGUUGAAACCGCAUUGAUUAAUUACCUAUUUGCCAAACAAGUUGUGAAUCGUCUUCGCAGUCAGAUGGACGUCGGUGAUUUGCAACGCAAACGGAGCUAUUGGAAGCAAUGCGCUUUCAAUGCGGUCUCGUGUUUCGGCAAGUAAAUAAUGCCGAGACGGGGUUACCUACGCAUAUUCGCACACAUCUAUUGAAUAUAUUUUCUAAUCGGCGAUCGAUGCGUAACUAAUAUAUUUACAUAUCGAUCGACGUGAUCGGAAAAACCAAAGAAAAGAAAAAAGCAAAAAAAAAAAAAUAACAAAACAACUAAUUGUAACGUUAAUAUAUCAUAAUUAUUAUACCUAAUAUCUGUAUGUCGCGACUUCUCAUCCCAAGAAAAUAAUAAUUUCCAAAAAAAAAAAAAAAAAUGGUAUCCAAAAUCCAAAAACCUAACAAAAAAAAACAAACAAAUGGAUCUUCGAUGUAAAUUGAUGUAGCGUAUAAAGUAUAUACAAUAUCAUAUACGUACGUAUGUGAAGAAAAACAAGGAAAUAAUAAAUUAAUUCAUUGACAGGAAUCAAAAUGAAAAUGAAAAGAAAAUUAUUCAUACGAUAUACGUAUAAUAUUCAAUCGUAUAUGUGCAGUUUCCCCCCCCCCCCCCCCCCCCCAGCAAAUGUUAUAUAUAUAUGAUACAUUUAAAAUGAUUCGCCAAUUUAUAGGUGAUUUUAAUAGAUGUGAAUUAUUCGUAUUUGUUUUCCCCCUUUUUUUUUUUUUUUUUUUUCUUUUUCGAAUGCUUACAUCACAUAGAUAUUCUUCGUCUUCUUAAAGAAACAAAAAUGGCUUUGCAUCGUUUGAAUAAAAUCAAAUAAAAUUGAAUAAAUAAUUCAAAUAUAUGUAUUUAGAAUUUGGGUAAUUUAGUGGAUAUGUACAUCUGAUAUAUAUAUAUAUAUAUACAUGUGAGUUUGCGAGAUUCGUCUCGGUGGGGCUGCUUUUUUCUUCCAUUAUAUUUAUAGAGAAAAAACAAAAAAAUACAUACAUAUAUACACAAACAUAUAUGAAUUCUGUAAUAUGUUACAUGAUGACGAUAAUAAAUAAAAUUCGUGCAGUAAAAUUAUAAGUCA